AUGUCUGUGCUGUGGCUGCUUCUGAGAAUCCUCGCCCUUCUUGACUCAUCAGAAAGUAGCAGCAGGGGAUGCUAUGGAGACAAGCAGACCCUGGACACGCCUGCGGCAUCUGGUAGGAUGCGGAGGCGUCCAGGCUCCAGCUUCUGCGUAGUUAUCACCUCACCGUCUGCCUUGCCCUCCUCCUCUUCCUCUUUCUCUUGGCAGGUGACUCAUUCUGGAGUUUGUGCUUCUGAAAGACAGGCUGUAACAGACAUGCCAAACCUCCUGAGAUGUCAACCCAUGAUGUGUCCAGUCUGCCAAGAACACCACAUGGACCCUGCUGUCAUGGCUGGUGUCUCAGCCAGGGAAUCUCACAGUGGCAACGUCUUGGUCAACAUGGACAGUGUGACUCAUGAGCAUGAGUCAGGGUGGUGCAUGACUUCAUCAGUCAUGACGUGUCACAACUCCAGGGGACCACUUCACAUUAUUGUUGCUGAUGACAACCCUGGAGCAUGGACCUUGGACGUGAUGCCCCACAUCCUCAGCAAGGCCCAGGUGUUCCACAUGGCUGAGGUCCUGAUUGUUAGAAUCAGAGAAAUCCAGAGGAAGUGUCCAAUCUGGACCCCUGACCAGUAUCUGAAAGGUGGCUUCUGUGCCUACAAGGGAGGUGGUGGCAACAUCAGAAGCAGCCAGGACCUGAACUGUGACUUUGGCAAUGAUGUCCUUGCACGAAUCAAAUACUUCAAGAGACAGGGCUUCUAA